AAACUGGCUAGAUACUUAAUUGUGUGUUGGUUCUUUAAACUUGAAUUUUAGCGACGGAUUUUCCUCUAUGUAUCUCUUUUUGUUUCAAACAGUACAAAAUGCUUACAACUAAUGGAUCGCCUUGAGAUUUUUAUAUUGCAAAUGUCGCUGGAUAUGUUCUGCCGUAUAGUGGGCCCGAUGGAAACCGGUUUAGCUUUUCUUAUAUUCGUGAUACUUGUAGUUAUAUCAAUACAGUUCGUGAUGUGAAAAACCGCCAGUACGCAAGUAAAUCGUUAGUGAGACGCUACAAUGACGUCAAUAAUACUAUUAACAUUCCUUGUUGCUUCAUGUCGUGGUGUUGAGUUCAGUUCUAGUCCAAGGAACUUCAGUAUAGAACUAAUGUAUUUUACUCAUCUAGAUCAUUUUGUAAUAUCACCUAUAUGUGUUUGGAAUGUGCUGACGUGCGCCUAUCUAGGAGCAUACGGAAAUACCGAAAAGGAAAUACAAAGAGCUGCAAUUUUACCGAAAAACAAAACAUACUUAUUUAAACAUGUUUCUAAAUUGACAAGCACGCUAUUUUGGCCAGAAUCAGAAGGAGUCGAUGUGGCUAGCGCAACAUUUCUUUUUCAAGACAAAGAUACAUCUGUAUCACUAAGUUAUAAAGCUGCGAUAAGCAGACUGAUGGAAUCGACAUUUAACAACAUUUUCGAUUUCAAAGACACGCAAACAACAAAUCUAGCGAACAGAGUUAUCCACUCUAUAUUUCCAACAAUUUCAAAUGUUUUCAAUGCAGAUGAUUUCACAAACACAAGUUUGAUCAUUAGUAAUGUGAUCUAUUUUAGUGGUAUCUUGUCUACGCCCUUCAAUUCCACUUACACGACCGAAGAAAUAAUUUACAACGAAAAAAAUGAACCAAUUGGAAGUAUAAGUAUGAUGCACCAGAAAGGUAACCUAAGAUACUCAAACUUCGAGUCAAUGAAAUCUCAUAUACUUGAACUACCAUACGGUGAACAAGGGAAAUAUAGUAUGCUCGUCAUUUUUCCGUACUCAGGCAUCAAACCCUUAGAUGUGUAUACAAAGCUGGAUAAAAUAUUUUUAAGAGAUAUCUUUACAAAGCUUGAGAAAGACUUCAACGAUUUUGGAACUCGUGAAGUAGAAGUGACAAUACCUCGGUUCCGAAUGAGAGGAAGCUAUCAUUUGAACAAACCACUAUCUGAUAUGGGGAUGUUUGAUACCUUUGACCCCGUAUUGGGGCAAUUUGAAGGUGUAAGCCUUGAUAAAUUGUAUAUUCACAGUAUUGAACAGAGGGCAGAACUAAUCUUCACAGAGGCAGAAACAGUAGCAUUUGCAACUAUACCAGGCUAUUAUGAACAACAAAGUUCAUUCAAUGUCGAAGCUCAACAGCCAUUUAUAUUCUUCUUAAUGGAGAAACCGACGGCAACAAUAAUCUUCGGUGGUACUUAUUCUAAGCAUCGGUAUCUUAACGAAUUAAAUCCUCUAAAAUAUCCAGAAUGACUAAGUAUAAUGUUAGAAUUGACUUGCAUAAGGAUUUUAUGAAUAAAGUUACUUAAAAUAAGUUUUUUCACUAA